UAUUGUUUCAUAGCAGCUGGCUGGCUAGCUAGUUAGCUAGCUAAUUUGAUAAGUAUGGUUGGAGUAGCUUAGCAAAGUUAGCCGACUAGCUAGCUGGCAGGAAAAGAGUUGGGAGUUGGAGUGGGGAAAUAUACAGAACUGUCAAAAUAUCCGAAGCAGCGGGGGAGGGGAGGGGUGGGGGCUAGGAUGUAGCAAAAGUCCCCCCCCCGUACUCCUCAGUCAAAACAGAAGGGCCACGGUGCAAUUCAUUCCCCUUUUUUACAAAGUUUCCUCCCCGCUUUUCUGUGACAGCAACUCGGCCCCGGUGGUGAAAAAGUGACGGUGUGUCGGAUGAUCUAGGUGCUGCAGUACAGACGUGAUGCUCCGCUGUGGGUGUGGCUCUGCCCCUGCUGAAGCAUCAGUCUGAGCGAUCUGUUCUGACCCGGCGGCACACGGAUGGCCCAGGGAAGCCCGGGGAUCGACCUUCAGGUUUUGCACGACCUGCGGCAGACUUUUCCCGAAGUGCCAGAGGGUGCAGUGUCCCAGUGUCUGCUGUCGAAGCACAGCGAUUCAGACGGCUGCUCUAAGCGCCCGCCCCAGGUGAGCGGCGAAGCAAACCUCGGCCUCUCGAGAUUACGGAACCACAUGACCCAGCUGCACCUGGGUCUGCAGUCUCAGAAUGCGCCCCUGACCCCGCCGCGGGACGGCCCGAGGAUGAACGGGGGCAGGACCCUGUCCCACAGCCUGAGCGACGGACCCCUGCGAACGGGACAGCCCGAGUUCCUCCCUGCGGAGCCCCUGUCGGCGCCCCCGCAGGUGCCCGCCAGCCUCCGCGUGUUCGCGGCGAUGGACGCGGCUCAGGGCCCGCAGCUGGGGCUGUACCCGCUGGCAGGGAAGGAGCUCCUCUCCGGCCCCCAGCCGGCCCGCCGAUUCAGCCCCAUCACCGUCACCCUGGCCCCCAACGUGCAGAGCGGCCGCAAGACGCCCACCUCCCUGCACAUACACGGGGGGCACCAGGCCGGGCCCGGCAGCCCGCAGGCCAACGCCAUCUACAUCAGGCCGUACGUGACUCAGGCCGGGGCGGCUCGGCUCUCCCAGCAGCACGCUGGCCGGCUCCAGAGCAGCUCCGUGUCUCAGCAGCUGCAGCAGCAGCAGCAGGCGUCUCAGCCUCCCUCCCCGCUCGGCCCCCAGCCCCAGUCCCAGGGUCACCAGAUGUUGCACGUCUACAUGCCCAUCAGCUCGCCCACCAACCCCCAGGCCCCUUCCGUCCACCAGGCUUCCUCUGGAGCCCAGGCCUCCUCCUCUUCCUCUUCCUCGCCCUCCUUCGGCCAAUACAACAUCCAGAACAUCUCCACCGGACCGUGUAAGAACCAGAUUGAGAUUAAACUUGAAUCUCCCCAGCGCAGUAACUCUGCCUCUGCAGUGCUGAGGCCUGGAGCCGGCCCCGCCUCUGGCUCCUCCUCCUGCCCCUCCCCUGCUUCGGUUGCCGUGGCGGCCUCCUCCCCAGCUCCCCUGUCCGUCACCGCUUCCGGCCUCGGCCGCAGCCAGCCCAAGCUGUACAUCUCCGCCACCCCACCCGCCGCCGCCGCUGCCCCUGAAGAGGCGUCUGCCUCCUCCGGGUCCCGCCUCCAGCCCACGCUCUACAUUUCCACCAACGCUGGGGGGGACGAGGCCGGGGGCGGGCGCAACCCACCCACCGUCUACAUCUCAGCCAACCCCCCGCUGCAGGGCCCCCCAGGGGGGACCCGGAACGUUUCGGGCCAGGUCAGCAUGGGCCCGGCCUACAUCCAUCACCACCCUCCCCGGUCCCGCGCCUCCGCAGCUUCCCCCCGCGUGCUGGUCACCCAGCCCAACACCAAGUACACCUUCAAAAUCACCGUGUCCCCAAACAAGCCCCCGGCGGCGCACCCCAGGGCAGUGCCCCCCGCCUUCCAGCCCGCGGACCUCAGCUGCCUGCCCUCCGACCACUUUGUGGAGCCGGAGCCUCAUCACCUGUCGGACCCGCUGUCGGCGCGCAAGGAGAGACCCAGCGAGGCGCGAAGACUCAGCACCGGCUCCGACGACCUGGCCUACACUCAGGCUCUGCUGCUGCACCAGCGGGCCCGCAUGGAGCGGCUGUGGCGGGACCUGGAGCUGAAGAAGCUGACGCUGGAGAGGCUGAAGGAGGAGGUCAGCGAGAUGCAGGGGGGCCUGACCCAGAGGCAGGCCCACAGGUCCCGCUCCGCCUCCCCCGCACCCUCCGUUGAUGAGGUGCAGCAGCUGCGUUGCAAAAACAGGAUGCUGCAGAUGGACAUCGAUCGCGUAACCAAAGAAACGGACCUCUGUCAGGCCAAAGGAGCUCUCCUAAACCUCAGUGGUCAUAACCCCCCUGACAGUACCCCACCCCCAGGUGCUGUUCCACCGAACCGCAAAGGUACUUCCGCAGACUCAGCGUGUAGAAGCCCGCAGACGGUCAGAGACAGUGAGGAGGAUGAGGGGGUGCCGUGGAGCUGCACGGCCUGCACCUUCCGGAACCACCCCGCCCUGCUGCGCUGCGAACAUUGCGAGUUCCCACGCCACUUCUGAGCCUCUUCCGUUUCUGCUCGAGGAGGGGACCUCCGUUUACUCCGGCAGUGAGAGGACACGGGCGGGGUUUUAACACAUGCCCCCCCCCCAAGUGGGGCCCAGUUCCCGGGUACAGAGCUGCGUGCCAAAGGCAGUUUGUACAGCUUGUGUUGCUGUGCAGGGAAUGUUUAGGGCGUGUGUGGAGAGAGUGUGUGGGGAGUGUGUGUGGGGAAUGUGUGUGAGGUGU